AUGGAUAAAAAGACAGAAAAACAGCUUCUAGAGUGGUAUGACGAACUUAGUGAUGACGAUAAUUAUCUAGAAAUGAACUCUGAAUCUAACAACUCGUCAGAGCCUAGCGAAGACGAUGACGACUCUAUCAGAGACCCGGAUUUCGAAUUGAGUGAUUCAUCGGACAAAGCAGGUCCGGACUUGAGGCAAAGCGAGGAUGACGAGGAAAAUAAUAGUUUGGGAGGGCCAACCGAACAUAAUGAUAGUGCCAAUGAAGAUGUUGAAAUCUCAGACCGAAACAGUAAUGCCGGUAACAAUAAUGCAUUUAGAGAGGACACUGAACAUGAUAUAGACGAGAGUAUAGGGUCAGGAAAUUCGAAAUUGCAAGGCACGAGCAGUAUAUUUGCAUAUGAAGAUAAAAUCGCUGCAUUCGUCGCUAGAAUCGAGCUAUGGAUUGAAAAAGUCGAAAAAGAAAACUUUUCUGCGUUUGAUAAGCUGAAUCAGAGUAUUGACGAACAGAGUGCUGAGAUCAAAGGAGAAAUAAGAGAGAACAUCACACACCAUUUGGUGAACUUGAAAAGUGAAUUCGAUCGCUAUUUUCCUGAUUGUGAGGACAAAGCUACUGUACUUUCAAGUACCGUCAGGCUACCAAUCGGCGAAAUGGAUGAUGAACAACCAUCAACAUCUAAGGCGAAUGUUAGUCAUGAACGUAACAAUCUCAGACCGCUAACAGAUGCAGAACUCUUACAAAUAAUUGAAAAUUUCACGUACGAGGAUUUACCGGAUGAUAACCAAUUUGACACUGAUAUUGAAAGUGAUUUUGGGGAAGAUGAAAUCAUUUACGACAAAUUAGAAAAGAACAAUUCAGACAAUCAAAAUAAUGCGAGCGUUCAAGACACUGCGACCAUUGAAGCGGAAAUAGAAGGUUCUGAAGAAAUUAUUGAGGAGGAAGUAGAAGUGAGGGUAGAGCAAGAGAAAACCGUGGUGGAAUCUACAGUCAUCCCGGAGACGAAAUCUGGUAGCACCAAUUGGACCAGUAGCCUGGAAGCAGUUGGAGUUGGGGAGUCUAUGUUCGGCGAGGGGACUCUUUCCCCAUAUAUUCAUUCGUUUGAUCAGAACGCGACAGUUGGCGACUUGCCAAAUCCACAUGAGACCGAAUCAGAAAUUGAAAGACAUCCGAUUCCUGACACUGACACUGGAGACAAUUCUCAAGAUUCUGAGAUUGUGGUAGGACAAAGAGUUGGCGCCUUGCUAAAUUCACAUGAGACCGAAUCAGAAAUUGGAACACAUCCGAUUCCUGACACUGACACUGAAGACAAUUCUCAAGAAUCUGAGACACAGAGUUGCAGCCAAGAAUCUGAUAUGCAGGAGUCCGUUUCUGAAUCAAGUUUAUUCAAUUCCGAAUCAGAUUCAUCGUCGAUGCAAUAUGUGAAGAAUGCUUAUAAAGAUGCCAAAAGGUGUAAACCUAGUAGCCCCAGUAGCUCCUGUAGUUCAGCAGGAAGAGUAACACAGCCGCCACCACUUCCAACUCAGACAAGAAUUGCCUUUUCACUGAAUGAAGAUAGGGAGGUGUGUUUCAUAUGCCAAGGUAGUUUGAUAGAUGGUGAUGUGGUUACAGUGCGACAAAAAGGCGUGAAAACUCUAAUAAGCUCUAGUGUUCAAAGGAAAAACAACGAGCAUCGUCGUUAUUUAACUAAUUUGAGUGAAGUUAAAGUGCACAGUGCUUGCCAGAAGCAUUACAAUAAUCCGAAAUUGAUUUCUUCGUAUCUGAAAAGAGCCUCCGAACCAUCAACGUCAACACGUAGGUCGAAUGUAUUUGAUUUGAGAAAACACUGCUUUUAUUGUGGGAAAGAAGCUGAUGAUAAUUGGGAGGAAAACCUUCGCAGACUUCCCUAUGCCAAGCGAAAUUUAAUUCAUAAAGUGAUGAAGCUUGAACUAAGAGAUAGCGUUAUUGAGGUUGCUCGAAGGAGAGGUGACAACUGGGCAAGUGAAGUAUGGCAACGUAUCAGUGACGAAGAUCUUUGUGCAAGAGAUGCGUGGUAUCACAGAUUUUGUCAGAGGUAUUUUUACCGGCCAGUCAGGAGCGGAGGAGAAAAGGGACGUCCUCUAUCGAAAGAUGUUGACGAAGCAAUGGAAAUGAUUUUUUCCUAUAUAGAAAACAAUCCAGAGGAAUGCCAAUUCUCUUUAGAGGAACUGAUGAACCAGAUUACGACUGAAAACGUUCCACAGGCUAGGACAGUGAAAACCCGACUCUUGGAGAAAUACGAUGAAGACAUUUUGAUAGUUGAAACUAAAAAGAAGAAGACAGUAGUUUGUUUUAAAAAUACUGGCUAUAAAAUAUUGAGUGAUAGUUUCUAUCAGAGCAGGCUGUUAGAUCCAAGAGAAGAGCGCCUCAGAAUCGUAAGUGCUGCUGCAGAUAUCAUUCGAGAGGACAUCCGAUCACAGGUCUAUGAGAUAUCGCAAUAUCCCCCACCUGAUGAUUUCUUGAAGGAUGUCGAAUCGGUGAUCCCUGAAUCAUUGCUCCAUUUCUUUGAGUCAUUGAUUCUGAAAAAUAAACGAGGGACACUGGAAAAAUGGAAAAAAAGGUGUGUGGCAUUGUCACAUGCAGUGAUUUCUGCAGUGAGACCACGAUCGUUUCUAUCAUCUCUUUUAAUAGGGCUAAGCACGUUCAUAUAUAAACGAUUUGGUUCAAGACUUCUUGUUGACGCUCUCAGCGCAAUUGGAUUUGUGGCUACGUAUGCUGAAACUACCCUACUUGAGAUGUCAUCGAUAGUACGACCUGAGCAACCUAGGGUAACCACUGAUGGAUUCCUCCAAUUCAUUUUUGACAACGCGGAUUUCAAUAUUAACACCAUUGACGGAUUGAAUACUUUCCACUCUAUGGGAGGAAUCAUGGUCGUCACUCCUCACUCGGCCAUCGAGUCAGAAAGAAACAUUGAUCGGCAAGUGAGGAUGUCAUCUUCUGAUGUGUUGACCUCAGUUGGUGUACCUCAAUUGACCACCUUCCACAGGACAGAUAAUGGUGGUUUAAAUACCAUAAUUAUGAAGGACCUCAAUCUCAAUGGCCCAGUGGCCUUGGAAGUGACUCUCUCUGGCUGUGAGAUUUUGUGGCUUUACGGAAAGUGGACGAAACGUGCCGAUGUGCCAGGAUGGGGUGGAUACAUGGAAGAAGCAACCAAUCACGGACAAUCUCCUACUUCAAAGAUAUUGUGUCUCCCAUUCUUGAACUACCCUCCCACUUUAUACGACACAAUAUAUACAUCGCUGCUAACGGCAUCUAAAAAAUGUGUGGAACUUGGACAACAGUCGUGCUUUGUCACAUUUGACCAGCCAUUGUAUGUGAAGGCAAAGGAUAUAGUGAGCAGUGAUGACAGUGAUUUAAAAAAUGUCAUUGUACGAUUAGGUGGAUUCCACCUUCUCAUGUCCUUCAUGGGCUGCAUCGGCGUGAUAAUGGCAGGAAGCGGCUUGAGAGACUUACUUUCCAUUAUAUUCGCCGAGAACAGUUUGGAUAAAAUAUUGAGUGGACAUGCAUAUGCUCGAGCAGUGAGAGCUCAUAUGCUAGUCCACAUGGUGUUGUCAUUUUACAUAUUUCAGGAGAUUGAGUUCACGGAUGGUGAAAAAGAAGUUAUGGAAGAAUUGCUGCUUUUUGAAAACAGACCAUCAGUACUCACAUGUCACGAAAACAAAAUUUAUAAGCAUGUGAUGAUCAAGUUUAACAAAGCGCUUCACACCAUUGCAGGUAGAGGACCAACUGCAAAACUAUGGACUCAGUAUUUCUACAUGGUGACAAUUAUGAAGCAGUUCAUUGAGGCAGAGCGGAUGGGCAACUGGCUUCUGCAUUUGGAUACCAUUAAAAAAAUGCUUCCUUACUUUCAUUCUGCUGGCCAUUUUCAAUAUGCUAAAAGUGCUCACCUUUACUUGCAAGAAAUGCUCACAUUGGAAGAGCAAAUGGAUCCAACAGAAUUCAAAAAAUUCACAACAGAGGGCUUUUUCACCAUCAGGCGCAGUGACAAAUUUUGGUGUGGAGUCUGGUCAGAUAUGACCAUCGAACAGACACUAAUGAAGACAAUGAAAGUAAAAGGCGGUUUAACUCACGGGCGUGGGUUUUCAGACUCAGUUCUUACAAAGUGGACUUCAGGGAUGGCAACUCUGCAUGAUGUUUGUCAGAGGAUUGAAGAAUUCUGUGAUAUAUCAACAGGUACAAGUGAGCAACACGUAAACUUGAGACCUUCACGCAGAGAUCGAAAUGCAGCAGACAGUGAGAAACUGAAUAAUUGGCUAUUGCAACACCCCCCAUUUCCACCAUGUAAUGUUCUCAUGUCAGUGAGCAGUGGAGUAAUUGGUGGUCCUGAAGUUAACUGUCAUUUGUCUGUAGAAGUUGGAAGUAUGGGGAUUGCCAAAAUUAUGGGACAGGACUUCAAAAACGUAUCAUUCAAACGCAAAGAUAAGGUUGUUACACUUGCAUCCUGCACUGCUCUGAAGAUAGGGGGAAAGACGAUAGCUACUAUCAACCCGUUAACACUGUUUCAUAGACUGUGCGUUGUGAAACAAUCCGAUGAAGAUUUGAAAUACUGUUUCUCAUUUGAACUUGCUCCAUACCCCAUGUCUAUGUUCACGGAAGAAGGUCUCCGUAAGGGGAAAUUGCCAACCCUCCUCGAGCAACAUCCUAAACUGAAAGAGCAAGCAGCUGCAUUCCUCAAACCCUCAGUCUCUCAAGACGAGAUAGCACAGGCAGGGGAACAGCUGAUCAUGUCUCUAUAUGGAAAAAUGGACAGUGGGACUCUCGAUGAGCUGAGAUACGAGCUCUUCGUCAAAUCUGCAUCAAAAAAGUCGUUCAACCUAGCACGGCUACCACCUACAUCAGAUGCAGCAAGAUGGCACUCAAUGCGAGUAUACCAGCAGGUGCAAACUUGGCUGGGGUGUCCAAUAAGCCCAUGCCAAUGGGGUUGGAGAAAACUUCCAUCCGGCUUAGUACCUAUUCAAACUACUAAAGAUGCUGCUCCCGACAUGUUACUAAAAAUGAUUUCUUGUACUUGCAAAAAAGGUUGCACUGCAGCAUGCGGGUGUCGAAAAUCUGGCCUCAACUGCUCUUCUGCAUGCAAGCAUUGCUCCGGCCUCUCCUGCGAAAAUGCUCCUGAGAUGGAGUUGGGAGAAGACGAGGACGAAGAGUUUUCCGAGUCAGAAGAAAUUUCCGAUGCUGCUGCAAUGGACCACGAAGUGAGGAUGCCAGACACGGACAUUGCAGAGCCCCAGCCCAAACGAUUUCGCCUAUAA